AUGGCAGGGAUCAAGUACUGCAACUGGACGGGAGCAACACCCAGGAUCGCCAGCGUGCUCACACCUCUCAAUGACAAGAACCUAAGGCUCGCCGCUCAGAUCGGCGUCACAGAUGUCGUCUACUAUGACAUGGACGCCAUGCCAGACACAGUGGAGGAACUCGUAGCGUUGCGACAGCAAUGCGAAGCAUACAACUUGCGUCUCUCCGCCAUCGAGGGCGGCCCGCCCAUGGACUUGAUUGUGCAAGGAAAGCCUGGACGAGAUGAGCAGCUGGAACACUUCAAAAAGUGCAUCCGUGCCAUGGGUGAAGCCCAAAUCCCGAUUCUCUGUGCUGCAGGCUACAACUUCAUGCCGUGGUCGUUUCGCGUGGGACGCACGUCAUACGAGGUGCCGAUUCGUGGCGGUGCGCUGUCGAGCGAGUGGAAGUGGUCAGACUUUGACGACAGUGUGCGCACGGCGGAAGGCGAGACAACCCACGAGGACAUGUGGGCCAACUUUGAAUACUUUCUCAAGGCUGUAGUCCCCGUCGCAGAGGCCGCGGGCGUGUACUUGGCGUGCCACCCAGAUGAUCCGCCGUUCCCACGCAUCCGGGGACUGGCGCGCAUCAUGACGACGCCCGACGCAUUUGAGCGCAUGUGCUCCAUCGUGGACAGCCCGCACAACGGCAUCACCUUCUGCCAGGGCUGCUUCAGUGAGAUGGGCGUGGAUAUCCCAGACACCAUCAAGCGGCUCGGCCACCGCGUGCACUUUGUGCACUUCCGCGACGUCAAGGGCAAUGCACAGGACGGGUUUGUGGAGACGUUUCAGGACGACGGCCAGACGGAUAUGCACGCGGCGCUGGCUGCCUGGCGCGACGUUGGCUUCAACGGCAUCAUUCGCCCCGACCACGUGCCGCUGCUGCCAGACUUUGAGCACGCGCACGCCGACGAGGAGAAGGCGAGAGGGUACACCUCGGGCAAGGCGUCUGGGUACACGAUGGUGGGGCGCAUCUUUGCUGUGGGAUACAUGCGCGCGCUGUUCCAGGCCGUCUUUGGGAAGGAGCGUGGAAGCCACAGUCAGCAGGCCCUCCGCCCUGACACAUGA